AUGCUUAUGGCCUCUCCUGCACAUGGCUAUAAGUCUACGAUCUAUCAGCGUACAACCGCAUUGUUCUCGGGGACAGUUGCUUCUGGCGGAGACUCUUUUCGAGCCGACCAACUAUCAAAUGAGGCUGUUGGACCCACUUCAGCCGGCUUCGGCAGUUUGGCUCAACCCAACUCUUUCACGACUGCCAGUCCAACCAGCAGACAGUCUGGCCAAGUUGGCUCGAAUUUUAAGGCAAAACACUUAGCUGGCUGGCUGACUUGUGUCCGUGAGUGUCUAUCCGCUGCCGUAGUUGCAGCAACAGCUCUUGACGGCCGCGAUACAGCUGCUACACAACAGCUGGCUCAGGCACGGCUUCUUCUUCAGGAGGCGCAUGCCUCCAGCCAAAAAAGCAAUCCGGUUCCAGUUACCCGGGCCGAAAGUGAAACUACCUUGACUUCUUUGCUCGAUAGACUGACGGCACAAGGCUCCUGCGUUCUGGUGCAUGCCCGAGACGGUCGUGAUCGCACUCUUUUAGUCACCAGUCUUGCGCAAGUCAUACUUGAUGCUAAGGCGCGCACUUUUCGCGGGUGGGUGCUCAAGUGGGGCUUUUAUGGACAUCACUUUUUGAUGUUUCUCGUCUAA